AUAAACAUCUGAUUAGGCCUAUGCAUUUUAUUUUGUUUGUAACAUGCACAUUUUUAUAAUGUGUUGAAUGACAGUAUUUUGGUGCACGUGCACUCGUGAGGCAUACGACAAGUGGAACUACACCGUUAUUUCGUCAUUAUAAUCACCAUCUCAAGCAAUGCACUGGAAUUUUAGCUUUCGGGGUUCCAGAGAAGUGACAAGAAUAUAGACCCCUCCUCUGAUGGGCGGAGCAUGCAUUUGUAUUUCGAUGUUGUCUUUUUUUCUCUCCAGCUCUUAAUGUUCUGACACGUUUGCACUGAGUGAGUGGCAUUGGCACACUUUCAAUCGCUCACUACCUCUGCCAUCAAACAACAUAAAGCACACAGAGGCAGAGGCUCGCGCUCAUAAAUUUCAGCAGGCAGAUAUUUUUGCGCAUCGCUUUACAGCGUGUAGCCUAAUUAAUUUCUCGCUGUUCUUUUUUUCUAUAAUUUUUCCACUAAUGCAAAACAUUUUUUUUUUAAAUAAUUGCAAUACAUUUACAGGUAGCAGGUAGGCCUACCAAUUUCCUGUCUAAGUGUUAUAUUUUUUAUAUUUUCAUUCACAUGUUUAUUGUUAAUUUUCACUGGAUAUUUUGUUUCCUGCUGACAAUAAUGGGGAUUUGAACAUUUUCAAGAGGAAUUGUACGAGGAAACAUAAUCAAAAGAAGACGACUAAUAAAUGACAGAUCAGCAAGGAGCAAUCAUACACAACUCGUCAACUCAAAAGAGAAAGACGAAUUGACAAGAGGACUCCUGCAGGAUACGAGGGACAGCGGCUGUCAUUUUGACAAAUAAGUUUGAACAAUUAUAGCUUAUGCAUUUUCGGACAAAAACAUUUAUAGAUACUCACACUUCGGACCGUGCAUAAAGAAGGAAGAUUGCAAGAAAGUGAUUACUUGGACACGCGAUAUUGAUACCAUUACUGGUACUCAGCUAACGUUAUCCUAUGUAUUUUUUCUUAUAGGCUACGCGUAAACGCAAUAUCCCCAAUAUACAGCUCUCUAACGCAACACAUGUUGUAGUUGUUUUUUUGUAUGUGAGUUUUUCAAGCCAAGUUUCCAUUUGUGUGGCUUCGUGAUUCUGUUUCGGCUGACUAUGGACGAACAAGCCCGGAUCAUGCAGGCUCUCGGCGGUGUCAGCUUGGCUGGCCACUCGAUACAAGGAGGCAUGGCACUGCCGCCUCCACAUGGACACGAUGGGAUAGAUGAUGGGAGAAAACAAGAUAUCGGUGACAUUCUGCAUCAAAUAAUGACCAUUACUGACCAAAGUCUGGACGAGGCGCAAGCAAAGAAACAUGGACUGAACUGCCACAGAAUGAAACCUGCACUCUUCAGCGUCCUCUGCGAGAUCAAAGAGAAAACAGGCCUCAGCAUCCGUGGUGCACAGGAGGAGGACCCUCCCGACCCCCAGCUCAUGCGUCUGGACAACAUGCUGCUGGCGGAGGGUGUGUCAGGACCAGAGAAAGGGGGUGGAUCCGCCGCUGCCGCCGCUGCAGCCGCAGCUUCGGGAGGGGCCUCAGACAACUCCAUCGAACACUCCGACUACAGAGCUAAACUCACCCAGAUCAGACAGAUCUACCACACAGAGCUGGAGAAAUACGAACAGGCGUGUAACGAGUUCACCACCCAUGUGAUGAACCUGCUGAGGGAGCAGUCCCGCACGCGACCCAUCUCUCCCAAAGAGAUCGAACGCAUGGUGGGCAUCAUCCACCGCAAGUUCAGCUCCAUCCAGAUGCAGCUCAAGCAGAGCACCUGUGAGGCCGUCAUGAUCCUGCGCUCCAGAUUCCUUGAUGCCAGGCGGAAAAGGAGAAACUUCAGCAAGCAGGCGACAGAAAUCUUGAACGAGUAUUUCUACUCGCACCUCAGCAACCCAUAUCCCAGUGAAGAAGCCAAAGAGGAGUUGGCCAAAAAGUGCAGCAUUACAGUAUCCCAGGGGGUGGGAAGCACCAUCACAGUAUCACAGGUAUCCAACUGGUUCGGCAACAAGAGAAUCCGGUACAAGAAGAACAUAGGCAAGUUCCAGGAAGAAGCUAACCUGUACGCUGCUAAGACUGCAGUAACAGCAGCGCAUGCAGUGGCCGCCGCAGUGCAGAACAGCCAGACCAACUCCCCUACCACACCCAACUCCGGAUUCCAGAUGAAAGAUGAAGAAUUUCAGCUGGACUCUGCAGAGAGCAAAAACACUCUUUUAACCAACAUGUUUACUGGUUCUUCAGGUUCUUUUAACCUCCCAAACUCUGGGGACAUGUUCUUGAGCAUGCAGUCUCUGAAUGGGGAUUCUUACCAAGGGGCACAAGUCGGAGCCAAUGUGCAGUCACAGGUGGAUACCCUGCGCCAUGUUAUCAGUCAGACGGCAGGAUACAGUGAAGCUCUAGGGGGGAACACUAUGUACAGUCCACACGGCUUGAAUGCUAAUGGGGGAUGGCACGAUACAACUACUCCAUCUGCUGUAAUCUCCCCAACAGAAGGACCUGGAAGUGUGCACUCUGAUACCUCAAAUUGAUCUCUGUUAUCGAUGCAUCUGAUCCCCAAGCUGUAAAGCCUGAACUUUCACUGACUGACCAACCAGAGAGGAUAAACAAAACUUUUUUUUCAGAACUAAUUGUCUGCUGCAUCUACCAGAGUCCUCAACUCCCCUCGCAAUGACUUUCUACAAUAUGGACACCUGAUGUUUUCUUGGUAGUUCAGUGAAGUCGUCACUCAAACUUCAUCAGUCUCAUGAUUAUAAUUCACCAUUGCUAUAGUUAUGUUUGUCAUUUGAAGGGGUAAGCACGUACUGUACAAAUCAAACAAGACCCAGAUCUUUAUUGUGCAACAUUCAUUUCAAUUGGCAAUUGAUUUAAGAAAUGAUUUUUCCCAAACUGAAAUUAUUCCCAAUGCUGAGUGUAUGACAUUAUGUGUUUUCAUAUUCUAAAACGUUUUGGUUUUGAAAUGCAAUAUAUAUAUACAGUACGAGUCAAAUGUUUGGACACACCCACUCAUUCCAGGGUUUUUCUUCAUUUUUACUAUUUUCUACAUUGUAGAAUAAUAGUAAUGACAUGACAACUAUGAAAUAACACAUGGUAUCAUGUAGUAACAAAAAAGCAUUACACAAAUAUAUAUUUUAAAUUUGAGAUUCUUCAAAUUAGCCACCCUUUGCCUUGAUGACAGCUUUACCCACUCUUGGUAUUCUCUCAACCAGCUUCAUGAGGUUGUCACCUGGAAUGCAUUUCAAUUAACACGUGUACCUUGAUUAGUGGAAUUUAUUUCCUUUUUAAUGCGUUUGAGCCAAUCAGUUGUGUUGUGUCCAAACUUUUGACUGGUACUGUAUAUAUUUCCUAUACAAUUUUUGGUUUGUUGAUCAAUCAAUUACCUUGUUUCUUGGUCUCUUUCCGUAUAUUGACUAACAACGUAGCGGUUCUAUCACUGAAUGCCAGGAGUGAUGUUUGACUCUAAUGUUGUACAGCAACUAAAUAAGGCUCCCAUUGUAAACUCUAUGGCAGCUUGGGAGAGUUACUUUCAAUAUUAGUUUUGCUUUACAACCACCAGUUUGAAAUGCUUUAGAAGUAAUUGACAGAAGAAGUUCAUUGACAAUGCUAAUGGGAUAACUCUGUAUUUUACAAACUUGCAACAUAUUUGACAGUUAUCAACAAAAAAAGCAUAAAAAGACUGGAGUGAUUGUCAAACAUAGAAAAGCAUGAAAGUCAUGUGAUAUUUAAAUAUGUUUUUGUUUUUGCUAUGGGUUGAAAUAGUCAUGGGUCUAACCUUAAAUCCAACCAGUUAUAGCACUUCCUUUUGGCAUGUGACAAGAUACCAGUCACACAAAAUAUGUUGUAUAUAAUAUAGCUUAAGAGUAUUUAUACAUCCCACGAAAUCAAUACACAGCUUUAUUACCUCAUUCAAAAUCAUAGAAACCAAUAGAUUUUCAACAUUUCUAUAGCUUAGAGUGCUCACUUACUACCUCUAAACAAUAUCACGACCAUAGUUUUUGUCUUUUUAUUUAACAUUUUUAUUUAGUUGUUUUGAUUAUAUCUUGUAAUUAGCUCUUUGUUUUUGUUCAUGUAAUCUAAUGUAUAUUUUAAUCUUUUAAGAAAACAAAGUUGCUUUGUUGCAACUGUAAAAAAACACAAAAACAAGAACAUUGAUGAUGUUAACAAUAAUAUUAAUACUAAGAAUAGUGAAAAAAUUCAAUUAAAAAAAUAAGAGGGAGAGGUGCAAAAUUGUUCGUUGGUGGAUUUUGAGGGAGGGUUGAGAGAAUGUUGGUCAUAAAUUAACACCAAACAGUAAAACUGUUGUAAAUACUGAAGAACAUUUUGAAUGUUUCUCAUCUUGUUACUAAUUCACACAAAAAAAACAUUAUAAAAACUGUAAUGCAUAGAGGUUUCAGUAUUCUGAACUGUACAUUUCAAGCUCUGUUUGACAGGGUUCAAACUUUCUUUGUCUUUUUUGUAUUGUAUGUGAUUCUGAAACAGAUAAAGUCAUGACAAAUGAUUUGUGGCAGUGAUUCUAAUGUAUUACAAAUGUUUAGUGUUUCUUUCUAACCAGACUACACCCUGGACUGAAAAGUCUUCCUUGUGGUAGUUAUGUGUAAUUUCAAACAUGAAUAAACUUUUUGCUUUCAA